UAAACGGGGCAUAAACGUCAUACCUACAGCAAAUAAAUAUAAAAUACUUUGUCAGUAGCAGCACGGUCGGUUAACGUCCUUCGGAAGAAAAUAUUGUCCCUAGCAUUUUCUUUAAAAGGUCAAUCGGUGUAAGAGUUAACCUGAUAUACUACAGAAACAUAAACACGAAUAAAAACUUAAAAAUAAUAGUAUAAAAACCAGGUGUAAACUACCGGUGAACAUAAGUAGCGAGUCAUAACCAGUGUAAAGAAAGAAUGGGUGAAAUUCGCGACUGGAGACCUUUUGUUUAUGGAGGCGUCGCCUCGAUUACAGCAGAAUUCGGUACGUUUCCUAUCGAUACAACAAAAACAAGACUGCAAAUUCAAGGACAAAAAAUCGACCAAUCUUUUUCGGAACUGAAAUACCGGGGUAUGACGGAUGCUUUUAUUAAAAUUUCUCAACAGGAAGGUAUUCAGGCACUUUACUCAGGUAUUUGGCCGGCCGUGCUGCGUCAGGCUACGUAUGGGACAAUUAAAUUUGGAACCUAUUACACACUCAAGAAGGUAGCCACGGAUAAAGGAUGGUUGCUUGACAAGACUGGAAAUGAGAGUGUCUGGUGUAAUGCCGGUUGUGCGACUGUAGCCGGAGCCGUGUCCAGUGCCAUAGCAAAUCCGACGGAUGUACUGAAAGUGCGGAUGCAAGUACACGGGAAGGGCACAAAUAAUGCGGGUCUAGUGCGGUGCUUCAAGGAGAUUUAUGUACAUGAAGGUGUGCGAGGGUUGUGGCGGGGAGUCGGUCCUACGGCGCAGCGAGCAGCUGUGAUAGCGGCAGUAGAAUUGCCGGUUUACGACUUUUGUAAGAUGCAUUUGAUGGAGACGUUCGGCGAUCAGGUGGCAAACCAUUUCAUAUCUAGUUUUAUUGCGAGCUUAGGAAGUGCCAUUGCGUCAACUCCUAUUGACGUAAUUAGGACUCGCUUAAUGAACCAACGACGCGUUCAGUUGCAGGUUCAUAAUCUAGGACCCGGUGGUGGUGGCGGUGGUGUUGCAGGUGGCGGUGGAAGUUUAGCUGGGACCGCUGCGGCAGUUGCAUCUACCAGACGGAAAAUCUAUAGCGGCAGCUUAGAUUGUGCCAUCCAAACGGUGCGGAACGAAGGCUUCCGGGCGCUGUACAAGGGAUUCAUACCGACCUGGGUUCGUAUGGGACCAUGGAAUAUAAUUUUCUUCAUCACGUAUGAGCAACUGAAGCGAAUGUAUUAGGUUAUUACGGUUAGCAACUUUUUGAAAACAUACAGUCACAUAUUGGUAUGUGUGUUUACUGAUAAGUAGAAAAUUGAGGCUCGAAACGAGUGAAAAAAUUCAGGACGGUGAGUAAAAGAAUGCGUUGUCUGUGUGAUUCCUUCUACAGUUAUUAGAUAGCCUUUCCUUCUUUCCAGAAGAUUUUUAUCUUCAUUUUGUACCAAAGCUUUUUUAUCUAUGCAUUUGUUCUAAGUUUUAGUAUAAUGGAAUCCUUUGGCGUUUAACAUCUCCAUUAAUAUAACUAAUUAUAAAAUCACUUGUAUUAGAUCAUAUAUAAUAGUAAUCAAAAUAAUACUGAUAUACACCCAAAGUUGAUCCCACCUUUGUUUAUCAUUUUAGACUAUUUAUCUUAAUGGAAUUAAGCUUUUGGUGAUUAAAAAACCAACAAAAAAUUAUUGAAGUCUGAUUGAUUUCGUGACGACUAUUACAAGUAUGAUUGUUCUACAAAACAUUUUUGCAUUAUUACGGGUAUAUUUCUCGAUCGGAUCCAACUAUGGAUUGAGAAGAGUUUCGUUCUAAUGCAGAAUGAGGGUGUGAAUGUUCGUCAUUGGCAGUAUCGCAUAUCUAACCACAGUUCACUGAAGGUGUUGACAAAAUUGAUACUGCUAAAAGUGAUUGUGAUGCAAAAUUCUACUUGAGUCUAAAUGUUUAGAAGAGCAGAUCAUUCUCCACAAAUUGCUUUAAUAUAUUUGAAUGAACUAAACAUUUUUUUAUAAUGAACUAAACAAUUGAUUCUGUCUGAAACCAAAUUGUUAUCUGUAUGUUGGAAACUACAGAAAGAAUUUAGUUUUUUAGAGUUUGUGCGGAAACAACAACAGAACAACAUAAAUAAAAACCGAAUUCAAUUAAUUAGUUAAAUAUUUAAAAAUAAAACCAAACUAAUAAUUAGUAACGAAUAUAGAUAGCUAGUAGUAACCCGGCGAAGGACCAUUAUAAGGUUGAAAUCGGGUAUAAAUAAAUGUUAUAAAAAAAGAUAGCUGGUAGUGAUUUGCCGGACGUACUCGCAUAAGUUGAUGUUAUUGCAAAUGUAUAUUUUCAAGGUAAAUAAAAGAAAUUGUCAAA